CAGAGAGAACCAGGCAUCAUGUCCUCCUCCACACCGGUGUUGCUGCAUCUGCUGCUACUGGUCUCCCUGGCUUCAGCGGGACACUUCUAUGGAGGCUCCAUGUCUUUCACCCCCAAAGGGAGGAACGCUGACGGAACAUUAAAGGUGGAUUUCCGCUACAAGAAUACCCAUGAUAGGUGUGAUUACGAGGGCUGGUAUUGUCCCUCAGGGAACUGCGGCUCUUCUGUCAAAGAUGUCAGAGGCCCAAUUGACAGCAGCAGCAGAGGACGGAGUGGUUACAACAACCAGUGGUGUGAAACUGAAACUGUCGAGACCAGAGAUAUCCCCAGUGAUAAACCUUUUCAAUUGGUACAGAACAGCUGCUGUUGGAUCCCCACAGUAAACGGUCUUGGAUCUUGGAGCCUGGAAACACAAGUGGAUCUGGGAUCAAGAUCUGAUACUGGUGAACCCAACAGAUCUCCAGUCACAGCCAUUCUUCCUUUCAUACGUGUUCCCCAGAACUGUCCGAGAUCCUACAACCUCAUGGCCUUUGACCCUGACGGUGAUCGUGUCAGAUGCAGAUACGGAUUGGUCAGACCUGAGUGCGAUAGGUGUGACCAGCCUUCAGGUUUCCAGCUGGAUCAGGGCUCUUGCUCCUUACAAUACGGCUACACUUCAACGAGUGGCGUCUACGGGUUUGAGCUAGUUGUAGAGGACUUUCCUAACCAACACAUCACCCUGUCCUACACCGAUGGCUCUAGUUCCUCCAGGGCACCGCUUCAUGCAGGGAGACGCCGACGCUCCAGCUCCCAAACAACCGUCUCCUAUCCCACUACCACCACCCCCUGGUCCACUACCACCACCAGGCCCACCAGAACCACCAGGCCCAGGUUCACUACAACCACCAGGCCCACCAGAACCACCAGGCCCAGGUUCACUACAACCACCAGGCCCACCAGAACCACCAGGCCCAGCAAACUCCCUCUGCAUUUCUCUCUUCUGGUGGACUCUGUUGUUCCGUCCUGUGAUGAGGGUAUGUACCUGCCCAGGUUCGUGCAGCCGACACCACACAACGGAGAACAUCUCCACGCCGAGGUCAACAAAGAGCUGGAGUUCAGGGUCAAGGCCGAGGCUACACACUCAACGGUUAAUGAUGUCAUCGUCAGUGGACCUCUGAACAUCACCAAUCACAUGACUACCCAGGGGGAGUUUGUCAUCCGGUGGACACCCAUCCGGGACAAUCUGGGGGAGUAUUUCCCCAUUUGCUUCAUCACUGAGGGGAUUUCUGGAUCUAGUGUGUAUCAGUCUGAGAUGAGAUGUGUUGUGGUGGAGGUCGGACGCAGAAAGGUCAAAGCCAAGGUGGUGUGUGACGAGACCAAGAUGACGGUAGAAGUGGAGAAGUCCUCUGUUACUGAAAUUCACGAGGACCACCUCCGCCUCAACGAUCCCAGUAACUGUGCCUGCGACCUGCAACGCCUCUCUAACAGCACCCACAUCAUUGGAGUCAUCCCCCUCAAUGCCUGUGGCACUCAGAUAGAGGAGGACGACGACAACCUCAUCUUCAAGAACCAAAUCAGCACAUUCGACAACCCCAACGACAUCAUCACCAGGCAGCACCAGGUGGAGAUCCAGUUCUACUGCCAGUACGCCAAACGUGGCAACGUGUCCCUGGGCUUCAGUGCACACAGGGACAACAUCACGGUGGUGGAGAAAGGCUUCGGCACGUUCACCUACCAGUUUGAGUUCUACCAGACCAGCCAGUUCAGCGACAUGGUGGAUCCCCGUGACUACCCGUUAGACGUGGUGGUGAAGCAGAUGAUCUACAUGGACAUCGAGGCCGUGUCCACUGUGAACAGCGCUGAGCUCUUUGUGGAGUCCUGCAGAGCGGCGCCGUACGACAACCCCAACUACCACCCCACCUACCCCAUCAUAGAAAACGGGUGCAUUGUGGACGAGACGGUUCAAAUCUUCUCCCCCCGUCACCAGAGGCAUUUCCAGUUCGGAAUGGAAGCUUUCAAAUUCAUCGGAAUGCAUGACCAGGUGUACAUCAGCUGUUCAGUGAUCCUGUGUGAGGCUGGGAACCCCAACACCCGGUGUGCCCAGGGCUGCGUCAACUCCCCCUCCCCCCAGCCUGCUGGUCACCACCACCACAAGAGAGAGGCCGCCAUGCAAACGGCCAAACACCACAUUUCCCAGGGUCCUUUGCGUCUGAGAAAGAGUUCAGAGAGCUCAGUGACCAACAUGAACAUGGGGUUGCUGGUUGGGUGUAUCGUAGCAGCCGUUGCCAUGCUGUGUGGAGUGAUGCUCUACAAGGCCAAAACAUCAGCCGUUAAAUACCAGCCCCUGACAACAUUUGAGACUUAGUCCGAUGGCAGCCAUCAUUUCACAUGUAGCCUGCAUUAUAGAAAGAAGGAUGGUGGGAAAUAUAGAACAUUUGAAAAAGUGGUCUCUGACUUUAACGAUGAAAUGUCUCUUGGGACCAAUACAAGAAUAUGCAUUAAUCCGUAAACGUACUUAGCGGUAACUCCAAUUAUACAAUGUGUCUUGGCUGACCAGGUCAACAUUUCUUAAUAGCCACUCGAGCACCAGUAGGAUUGCAAGUGUUUAUAUAUCACAGGAAGCUGCUGAGUGGAGCACAGCUCAUAAUGUCUGGAAUGAAGGGAAUUGAUCUAAUGGUUUUUGAUACCAUUCUACUCAUUUCCCUCCAGCCAUUACCAUGGUCCCGUGGUCCCCAAUUAAGGUGCCACCAGCCUCCUGUGAGAUAUAUAUGUAUUUACUGUAGCCUAGCCUAUAUGCAUGUGACCCAUAUAGUGCCCUCUAGUGUAUAAAUGAUGUGUAAUAUACAAUGACAGAACAGCUAUAAACCACACAACAACCGUUGAGGUUUGGCCAAAAUGUCUCAUACAACAUGUCUGACCAGUUGAACUCCUGCUUCUUAUUAUGAUCUAUAUUGGAAUGUGGGGACAGUCAUGUAAUACUGGGAUGUACUCUGAAAUACUGUUGUCACGUUCUGGAAAGCUUUCUAUAUAGGCCAGGGUCUGUUGAACCAGGGAUCAAUUACAUUUAUUUGUUGUGAUUGUGUUACAUCAAAAUGGGACCCUGGUUAAAAUAAAUGUUUAGUCUAUAUGAUGUAGUGAAUUACUGGAAAAUUGUCCUUUCAAAUAAAUGAAUGUAUUUGUAUUAAU